AUGGGAAGUUUGGAUACUGUACAUCGACAGUUGCUUGAUGAAUGGCGACAGGAGUCGAAGCGUGACUUGUCAGAAAUCGCAAUGAUCCUGAAAAGUGCCAAAGAAGGGGAAAAACGCAAAUGUACCAGAAAUGAAUCUGAUGAAACAAACGAACAAUCAUCACAGAUGGAGGCUGAGCAUCGCAGGUUGAUGGCCGAAUGGAACAAGCAAUCGAAGGAUCUGGGCGCUAUCGGCACGGCACUGAAACAGCUGAAGGAUCUAAUGAAUAAUGCUGAUGCACUUCGAGGAGACGUAUACGAAAUUGAAGUUUUAAGUGCGAUACUCAAUUCGGAUCUGGAGGCUUUCCAUGAGGCUAUCAGUGUUCUUAUCAGUUUCUACCAGUCCUACAGCUUGAACAAAGAAUGGCCGAAUAAAUGGCUAAUGAUUGGUUUGAAUCUGAUGUAUUUGUUGGCCACCAAACAACACGCUCAGUUCCAUAUGGUAUGCUUUUUUCCUGCAUUUUCCCACUGUGCCAUCACUAAAAAUUCUUUUACCUGUUUGCUUAUCGUAUAUGCUGAUGAUAACGGUGAUAACGACUAUUGCAGUGGCGAUAACGCUGUCUACGUACUGCAUAUAUAUUUUUGUGAGAACGAAUAUUUUAAAAAUAUUUUCCAGUUCCUCGAACAAAUUGACCAGGAUGUCCAGCAAAACAAUCCAUACAUUUGGACACCAGUGAAGCUUGAACAGUCGCUGAUGGAAGGCGCCUACAAUAAGUUGAUGCUAACAGAGAAGAAUAUCCCCAGCCCUUAUUACGCUCCGUUCAUUCGAAUCGCUAUGGAUAGCGUGCGGGAUGAAAUAGCCUCAUGCAUGGAGUGCUCAUUCGUGAAGGUGUCACAGGAAGAUGCUGCUCAGUUGCUUCUGUUUAAUGAUGUCCACGAAGUAAUACCUUUUGCUGAAAAGAUUGCUGCUGAACAGCGACAAUUCCUGGACACUAAAAGGACCACGAAGCAAGCCAUUUUCUAUGCGAAACAGCUUGAAAUGAUUGUAUGA